AUGGGCAGAAGAAAGAUCGAAAUCCAGCCGCUCACCGACGACCGUAAUCGUACGGUGACGUUUGUGAAGCGCAAGGCCGGCCUAUUCAAAAAGGCCUACGAGUUGGCGGUUCUCUGCCAGGUGGACUUGGCGGUGAUCAUAGUGGGCAACAACAAUAAGGUGUACGAGUUUUCGUCGGUCGACACCAAGCAGUUGAUCGAGUGCUACCAGCAGCUGACGCCGCACGAGCUGAAGCUGCCCGAGAACUACGGCGCCUACAAGAAAAAGGCCCUGUUGGCGCAUUUUGACGACGAUCUCCCCAACGUGCCUGUCGACGACGUGGGCGACCUGGACUUUGACCUGGACAGCGACGGCGAGCCCUCCCGCAAACGGAAAAAGAGGCACUCCAGCUCGACGUCGAGCCAGACAAACAACAUCCCGAACCACAUCAAACAGGAACCGCAAAUCUCCCAAAGCCAACUCAACCAAGCAUCGCAGAUCCAGGCAGCCCAGAUCCAGCUCGGCCAGCCCGGCCAGAUGGGCGCCAUAGCGCAAAUGCCCAACCAGUUCUCACAGAUCGCCGUGGCGCCUUCGGGCCAGCAGCGGGCCAAAAACAUGCCGCCCAUGCCCGCGCAGCCCGUGUUCCAGGGCCCGUCCGUGCCGUUCCACACCGACGACGCCCCGCAGCGGCCUGUUUUGCGCGUCCAGAUCCCGCAGGACGUCAAGGCCCACGACGAAGACAAAACCGUCACGGCCAUGGACAGCGGCGACAAGAAAGACAAGGCGCCGCCCGCAGUGCGGUUUGGCCGCCUCAAAAGCCCCGACCGCAAGCCAUCGGUGGCGUUUUCUGCCCUUCCACAGCCGCUGCCGCUGGGACACUAUCCGCCGGCCAUUCUACCCACACCGGUGUUCAACCAGGUGUUCAAUGGCGCGGCGCCGUUCCCGCCGCCCGAAAACGACGAAAAGGUUAAGCAGUCCUUCGCCCACGGCGACACGCCGGUGUCUGCUCUUCCGUCGCGUUAUAUGAACGACAUAUUCCCGUCUCCGCUGAACAUGUACCCGGCCCAGGAGUGGCCCACGGGUCUCACACCGUUUCUGGCGAACAUGCCGCAUUACUUUGUCGGCAUGAACGGCGGCCUGCCGAUGCUGGGCGCCUAUCCAUCUCGAACAUCAAUAGGACGCCAGCAGCUGUUCCAACAAUCACAGACACAAGGACAACCGCAGGGCCUGCAGCAGGGCCAAUCUGGAGAAUACAUGGCGCCGUACCGCGAAUACAGAAAGUGA